AUGUGGUAUGAUGAUUGGCAUCAUCUUGGAGCUUUCUCUUAUAUUCUUUCUCCUAGAGAGAUUGCUAGUGCAGGGUUCAGAAUUUCUGACAAGGUUAAGGAUGUUAUUGUUGACAAUUCUUGGUUUUGGCCUCCUGAGUGGCUCACUCUUAUUCCUCAGCUGAAUGACUUUCAAUUGCCGGUUAUUGAUCCUAUGGCGGCUGAUAAAGUCUUAUGGAGAAAAAGGGAUGGUCAAGAGGUGGAGUUUGAUAUUCAUCAAGUGUGGAUUGACCUAAGCAAUUGUGGUCAAAAGGUCCCUUGGGUUCACCUUGUUUGGUUCAAACAAUGCAUUCAUAGACUCAGCUUUAUUUUAUGGCUGGCUAUCCAUGAAAGACUGAUGACUCAGGAUAGAAUGAGAUUUUGGGACAAAAAUAAGAAUCUCAAGUGCACUCUUUGUAAUAUGCAGCCGGAUUCGCAUUCUCAUUUGUUCUUUGAAUGCCCUUACUGGUUUCUUGUGUGGAAAGUUGUGAAAGAUAAAGUGGGAAUUAGAAGUAAUUCUCAUGGUUGGAAAGAGUUAAUUGAAGAACUUUAA